UACUCGGGACCAUGGGAUUUGUGUCCAUGGUCAUUUUAUUGCCAAUGUAUAUCCGAGCUAAAAAUCACAGUGUAUGCAUGUACAUUAUAUGGACAAGCGUCCUUUGUCUUGUUUAUAGCAUUAAUUCUAUCAUAUGGGACAACAACGUCGUGAACUGGGCACCAGUUUGGUGUGAUAUCUCAUCUCGCUCGAUCACUGCUGCGUGGUGUGGAACACAGACAGGAAUGAUAUGCAUUGUUCGUCGUCUAUAUCGCAUUAUGACAUUGAAGGCAGCAGAACAAAGCAAUCGUCAGGCUCGAUUUGACUUGAUUAUUGACCUUUCUAUUGGGAUCGGCUUGCCUAUGUUAAUGUUACCCCUCCAGUACAUCGUUGAUUCUAACAGAUUCGCGAUUAUUGAGGAUAUAGGUUGCUUCCCUGCCACAGUUUUCACGCCCGCCAGUAUCCCAAUUUAUGGCAUGUGGGGAUCGAUAUUUGGAUUGGUAAGCGCUUUAUAUGGUGGUUCGACUGACCAUUCGUGCUGCUAUCAAAUUGAAAACUCGUGACAUGGUAGUCAGCCAACGUAUCCGGUUCAGUCAUUAUUGGCGGCUAUUGGCGCUCAGUGGUAUUGGCAUCGCGUGUACCCUCCCAUUUGCUUUAGUAAAUCUCAUUCUUGGUAUCUUCCAAGAACCAAUGACUCCAU